GGUCCCUCGUUUCAAAACAAUGCGACGAUCACAUGAAAUUGAAAACACUUCCAAUGCAUGACCUUUGUUACAAUAUAAACUACUUAGGGUGAUAUUUUAAACAGAUUGUACAGGAUGGAGGUGGAGGGCUGGGACUCUGGUCUGGAGGAGGAGCUGGGUGUGUCUCUGGAGGAGCUGAGUAAGUGGAUUGAGGAGGAGGUGGAGAGGAGCGAGGCAGUCCGCCAGAGGAAGGCCCAGCUGGCUGAGCUCAAAGAAUGGGUGGAGCAGAAAGAGAAGGAAGAGGAGGUGGUGGACAAACUCUUCAACAAUGCCAACCAGUCCAUAGUGGAGUGUGAGGCUCUGGUGAAGUCCACCUACAGUAAAAUGGGUCUGGUCUACAAGGAGAGCUCUUCAGAGGAUGAGGGUGGAGUGGGAGGGGUUCAGUCCUCUGAUGUCAUAGAAAUUGAUGAUGAUGAUGACGAUGAUGAUGUCAUCGCUGUGGGCUUACUGGUUCCACCCAAGAAACCUGGGAUACCUGUCCAGGAUGCAAUGUUUAAGGAGGCGUCGGCAGCUCUCCAGCGUUCCUCCCAGCAGGUGUUGAAGCUGGCCCAGACAGUGAACAAGAACUCUUCUUCCGGGCCUGCUAUACAACAGCCAGGUGGCCCAGUGCCCAUGCCAGCAGUGUUUGUGUCCCAGGCCACGCCCAGGAACACACCCACCCAGCCUAACCCCUCCCUGAAGGAUGAUGAAAUCAGACUGGAGAUGAGUCUUCUGGGAAAGAAACGCACCAAGACCUGGCACAGCGGAAUGCUCAUCGCCAUCAACCCUGUCGGUAAUGGUUACAGUAAGUACAAGGUGAAGUUUGAGAACAAGGGGAAGAGUCUACUGUCUGGGAACCACAUAGCGUUUCACUAUCACCCCACCCUGGAGAGGCUGUACGUGGGAGCCAGGGUGGUCGCCAAGUACAAGGACGGCAACCAGGUCUGGCUCUACGCUGGCAUCGUGGCAGAGAUGCCCAACAACAAGAACCGCAUGAGGUUCCUGAUCUUCUUUGACGACGGUUAUGCCUCCUACGUGACCCUGCCUGAGCUCUACCCUGUCUGCAGACCAAUGAAGCGUACAUGGGAGGACAUAGAGGAUGCAUCGUGUAAAGACUUCAUAGAGGAGUAUAUAACGUCAUACCCCAACAGGCCCAUGGUGCUGCUGAAGGCAGGCCAGGUCAUCAAGACAGAGUGGGAGGGGACGUGGUGGAGGAGCAGAGUGGAGGAGGUGGACGGCAGCCUCGUCAAGAUCCUCUUCCUGGAUGACAAGCGUAGUGAGUGGAUCUACCGCGGUUCAACCAGGCUGGAGCCCAUGUUCAAUCUGAAGACCAACUGUGCCAACACCCAGGAGAAGAAGAUGGCUGGCCAGCAGAGGACACGCCCCAGCAUGGGAGCAUUGAGGACCAAGGGCCCUGUGGUCCAGUAUCACAGUGGGGGGAACACCACAACCCCCGGUGGGACCCCCACUAAAUCCCCCCAUCCCCUCUCCCCACCCUCCUCCAUCCCUCCUACACCCUCCCAGCCCAAUCAGCUUGCACGAACAGAUCCUAAGUAUCAGAUGGCUAAAAAGAGUACUUCUCCAUACAUUCCCACGCCAGGAGGCUCUCGCACUGGAUUGGCCAGUAAUAGCCAUGCCCCUAAAGCCAUGCAGCCCCAACCUUCAACUGGUUCUCCUGGAAACUCAUCCAGAAUGUAUGUCCUUCAGACUGGCAACAUCCAGACUCUCACGUCCCUACAGCCUAUCCAACACCAGCAGCAGUCUCUGCCCCCUCCUCCCCAAGCCCCUCCCACUGCCCCCGCACCUGCAGUGACCCCAUACACCUUCAGUAACGACCGGAUUCCCCACGAGCCCUCGUACCGCGCCCCCACAGACCGCAUCUUCUACCUGCCUCACACCUGCCAGCCUGCUUGUCUCAACCGUAUCCGGCCCUCCAGACCAGAUAUGCACCGGGGCAGGAACCCCCUGCUCACCCCUCUACUGUACGAGUUCAGACGCAUGACGGGGCGACGGAGAGUCAACCGCAAGAUGUCGUUCCAUGUGAUCUACAAGUCUCCUUGUGGGCUGUGUCUGCGCAGCAUGGCGGAGAUCCAGCGCUACCUGUUCCAGACGCGCUGUGACUUCAUCUUCCUGGAGAUGUUCUGCUUGGACCCCUAUGUCCUGGUCGACCGGCGCUUCCAGCCCCAGAAGCCUUACUACUACAUUCGAGACAUCACCAACGGCCGCGAGGACAUUCCCCUGUCCUGCGUCAACGAGAUCGACAUCACACCGCCCCCCGACGUGGCCUACAGUAAGGAGCGUAUCCCUGAAGAUGGAGUGUUCAUCAACACCAGUCCAGAGUUCCUGGUGGGCUGUGACUGUACCGACGGCUGCAGGGACAAGUCCAAGUGUUCGUGUCACCAACUGACCCUGCAGGCCACAGCCUGUACCCCUGGAGCACAGAUCAACCACACGGCUGGAUACACACAAAAGAGACUGGAGGAGUGUUUGCCCACCGGGAUUUAUGAGUGUAAUAAGCGUUGUAAGUGCUGCAGUCAGAUGUGUACUAACCGUCUGGUGCAGCACGGUCUGCAGGUGAGGCUGCAGCUCUUUAAGACCCAGAACAAAGGCUGGGGCAUCCGCUGUCUGGACGACGUGGCCAAGGGAUCCUUCGUCUGUAUCUACGCAGGUAAGAUUCUGACAGAUGACUUUGCGGACAAGGAGGGUCUGGAGAUGGGUGAUGAGUACUUUGCUAACCUGGACCACAUAGAGAGUGUGGAGAACUUCAAGGAAGGGUAUGAGAGUGAGGCCCACUGUUCAGACAGUGACGGGAGCGGGGUGGACAUGUCCAGGCUGAAGAACCCCCCCUCGUCCUCCCUGGCUUUGCAGAACAAGACCCUUCCCAAACCCCCCCAGAGAACCAAUGCUGCCAACCCUGCUGGCAAAGCGCGGGGUGCUGGUGGCGACUCCUCUAAGGAUGGGGAUAGUGAUGAAGAGUCGAACAACGACAAAAGUUCAGACGACACGUUUGUAAAGGACCCCUACUACAGCUCCAGCUCUGUGUGGAGGAGCUACACCACCCGUCGCCAGGCCAAGGGCGUCAAGGAAGGGAGCCAGGACAGUAAGGAUGGGAUGAGUGUGUCAGUGGGGGGAAAGGAGGACAGGAAGCCGCCCCCCAUGCCAGAGGAGAGUGGGAAGAGUAAAGUAGCGUCCUGGCUCACCAACCAACCCUCUACCUCCCAGGCCACCGUUAAGAUGGAGGGACUGAAGAUAGAGAAGAAGGAGCCCGGAGACCAGAAAAGUCAACAAUCAGUGAAGACGGAGGGAGGGAAGAGGCAGGAUGUGAUGACGCUGUCGGACAGUGAUGACGUCCAGACCAUCAGCUCUGGAUCUGACGACAACAAGGAGAGAGAGAAACGCACACAGGGUGAAGAUGGGGGAGGUGCGGUGAAGAGGCAGGUGGCUGUGAAGUCCACGCGAGGCAUUGCUCUGAAGAACUCCCAUGGCCUGAUGGUGAAGACUGGAGGGGCUGGGAUGGGGCCAGGGGGAGGCCCGGGGGGCCACGGAGGGGCACAGGGUAAGGGUGGGGACGGGGGAGACAGUGGACCUAAAAACACGCGGCAGUUCUUCGAUGGCGAGGAGUCCUGCUACAUCAUCGACGCCAAGCUGGAGGGCAACCUGGGACGCUACCUCAACCACAGCUGCAGUGCCAACCUGUUUGUCCAGAAUGUGUUUGUAGACACACACGAUCUGCGUUUCCCCUGGGUAGCCUUCUUCGCCAGCAAGCGUAUCAGGGCGGGGACAGAGUUGACAUGGGACUAUAACUACGAGGUUGGCAGUGUGGAGGGAAAGGAGCUACUGUGCUGCUGUGGCUCAACAGAGUGCAGAGGAAGACUGCUAUAAGAGACCACCCUCUAUACCUCCAUCUCAUCCCUCUAUUUCUUCAUCUUAUCUCGGAGUGCAGAGGGAGUUCUGGAAAAGACCUGUCUAACUCCGUCUCCUCUCUGUGUGUAGAAGAAGCCUGCUGUAAGGACACACUAUGCUAACCUCCCUUACUAUGUCAUUAGAGAAGAUGGGACACCUACACCCACAAGAGUCUCUGUCCACGUUUCUCUUUUGUUCCUCCCCCUCUAUCUUUUUUUCUGAAUUGUUUGGCUGCCUAUUGCUGAUGUAUUGUAAUUCUUUACUGUUUUGUAUGUAUGCCCAGUUGUCUGUAUGCCCAGUUGUAUUUGACUGUCUGUGAAUUCAGACCAAACUGCUCUUCUCACAACUGAAUAAAAUCCUGUUUUCCACACAUUCCA